AUGUCAACAACAUUGGAUGAUCAUCAAUCAAAUAAUCAUGUAACUGGUUUCGAUAUAACAACAUUAGUUAUUUAUUUUAUAUUAUUAGUUGGCACUGGAUUUUAUUCAAUGUUUAAAUAUAAUCGUUCAACAGUUAAAGGAUAUUUUUUAGCUAAUAGACAAAUGCCAUGGUUAUGUAUAGGUGCAAGUUUAUUUGCAUCGAAUAUUGGCGCAGAGCAUUUUAUUGGCCUAGCAAGUUCUGGUGCUGCUAAAGGUAUAAGUGUUGGAGCAUUUGAAUUAAACUCUAUUGCAAUUAUUCAAUUACUUGGUUGGGUAUUUUUACCAGUUUUUAUAGCCACUGGUGUAUCAACAUUACCUGAAUAUAUGAGUCGAAGAUUUGGUGGACAACGUAUACGUAUCUAUAUAGCUUGUCUUUAUCUUCUUCUAUAUAUAUUAACAAAAAUAAGUGUAAAUAUAUAUGCAGCAUCAUUAUUUAUUAAUUAUGCCUUUCAUUGGAAUAUAUAUUUAAGUGUUCUAUUUGUUCUUCUGUUAACUGCUUUAUGUACUGUAUCAGGUGGCUUAGCAAGUGUUAUGUAUACAGAUACAAUACAAGCUAUUAUAAUGAUUUUUGGAGGAUUUGUUGUAAUGAUUUUAUCAUACAAAGAAAUAGGUGGUAUGUCAAAUCUUUAUCGACGAUAUUUGAAUGCAAUGCCGUCGGUUAAUGAUGAUCAACAAUAUGGAAAUAUGACAAAUAUAUGGUUAAAUCAAACAAAUCUAACAGCAACAUGUGGUAAACCAACAAUGAAAUCAUUUCAAAUGUUAAGAUCAAUAUCUGAUCCAGAUAUGCCUUGGCUAGGAUUUUUUCUGGGACACACACCGAAUACAAUUUGGUAUUGGUGUUCAGAUCAAAUGAUGGUACAACGAGUAUUGGCGGCCAAAACAAUUUCACAUGCUCGUGGUGGAACUUUAUUAGCUGGCUAUUUAAAAAUUUUAUCAUUAUUUAUGAUAAUUAUACCUGGUAUGAUAAGUCGAACAUUAUAUCCCAAUACUGUUGCAUGUAAUCAACCAUCCGUUUGUGAAUCAAUAUGUCAUAGCAAACGAAGUUGUACUAAUAUCGCUUAUCCAACAUUAAUAUUAAAAAUUUUACCAAAUGGUUUUAAAGGUGUUAUGCUUGCUGUUAUGCUUGCUGCCUUAAUAUCAGGUUUAACAUCAAUAUUUAAUUCAGCAAGUACAAUAUUCACUGUUGAUAUUUAUCCCAAUAUAUUAUCAUUUCGUCGAACAAAAAUAAAAAAUCGAGAAUUAAUGAUUGUUGGUCGUUUAUUUGUUAUUCUUAUGACAUUAUUUGGUAUUGCAUGGAUACCAAUUGUUAUACAAAUGCAAGGUUCAGAAUUAUAUAUUUACAUGCAACAAGUUAUAGGAUUUUUAGCACCACCAAUAGCAUGUAUUUAUUUAUUAUCCAUUUUAUGGACACGUGCAAAUGAACGUGGUGCAUUUGCUGGUUUAAUGAUCGGUUUUGUAUUUGGUUUAAUAAGAAUGAUACUUGAAUUUUCACAACAACCACCAUUAUGUGGAGAAAAAGAUUCAAGAUUUUGGUUGAUAAGAAAAGUUCAUUUUAUGUAUUAUGCUUUAUUUUUAUUUUGGUUAACUUUUUUCACUUGUGUUAUUGUAUCAUUAUAUACGGAACCACCAACAAAAGAUCAAUUAUAUCGAACAACAUUUUGGACAAGAAAUCAAAAAUCAGAUAUAGAACUGAUCAAAAUGAAACAACAAAUCAAUAAUGGAGCUUCAAUUGUUAGUCGAUCACUUCCAUGUAAUGAGAUACCUUCAACAUUUCCAAUAAAUCAUACUACUUCAAAUAAUGCAGUUGAACAAUUACAACCUGAAAUAUUUCUUCCAUCAUCAUCAUCACUUGGUCCUGGAACAUUACUUAUAAGUCGUGAUGGUGAAGAUGACGUAAGUAGUGUUCGUAUCAAUACAGCACGAACAAGUACAACUGACAUAGAAUAUAAUAGUAUAAACAAAAAACUUUCGAUUGACUCAAAAUCAAACAUACCAAAUGGUUCCAAUGAUCAAGAAAAUGAAAAAAAUGGUUGUGAUAUAUUAGUCCUUUUAAAAUCAUGUUGGUCAUGGUUUUGUGGUUUGGAUGAUAGUGAUGAUAUUGAUAACCGUGAUGAAUUGACUGAAGUGAAUGUAUCUUAUCGGUGUCUUCAAAAAAAAUUAGAAACUAGUGAUAUGAAUCAAGGACAUGAUUCUGUAUUACAACAGAUAACAGAGCGACCAAUUAUAAAAUGGAUAUUGAAUAGCAAUUUAGUACUUGUUAUUCUUGUCGAAAUAACUCUAUUUACUGUUUUUUCAUUGCCUGUUAAUGAACCACUUUCAUUAACUGAUAAAACAUGGAAAGAUAUGUUAUGUGGUCAAUGGAUGGUUGAAUUUUAUGCACCAUGGUGUCCAUCAUGUCAACAUUUCACACCUAUAUGGCAUGAGUUUUCUAAAGCUAUGGUAUCGAAAGAAGUAAAAGUAGCUGCUAUUGAUAUUAAUGAAUACCCUUCAUUAUCGGGUCGUUUUCGAAUUUCUGUCUUGCCUACAAUUUAUUAUGUUCGUGAUGGUGUUUUUCGUCAAUACAAUGGUGAUCGUUCAUUAGAUCGUUUGAAAAAUUAUAUUGAAUUUGAAGAAUGGCGACGUACAGAACCAGUUUCAUCAAUUUGGGCUCCAGAUAGUAUUUUAAUGUCAAUGCUUAGUUCAGUUUUCGAUGUAUCUGUAUUAGUUAAAAAUGCAUAUAUACUUUUACAAGAUCAAUAUGGAUGGCCAGCAUGGCUUAUUUAUAUAUUCUUUACAGUAGCUGUUAUUGUUAUUGGACUUAUUCUUGGAUUUGGUGUUCUUAUGAUUAUUGAUUAUUGUGUGACUGGUACAGUUAAAGAUGAUUUAAGUAAUAUACCAGAUGAUUCAAAAGAUAUUGAAGAUUUAGAUGAAAAUGAUUCACAAAAAUUAUUAAAACCUAAAAAACAAAAAAAAGCAACGGUAUCAUUACCAACACAUGUAACAUCAUCAACACCACAACGUACAACAACAAUAAAAAAUCGCUCAUCACCUGUUAUUGAAACUCAAGAUGAUGAAGCAUUGCUUAAUGAAAUUCUUACAGCUGAUCAAGAUGAUAAUGAUGAUAGUGAAGGUUUAAAUGCAUCAGAUAUAGGACCAGGAACUGAUGACGAAGAGCAAACUACAACAACAAAUGCAUCUAUACGUCAACGACGUGUAAAUAAAUAA